GAAUGAUCAGCCGGACCACUGAACUUUGUCUAUAGAACGAACCACCGUCAAUGAAUGAACGAAUGAUAGUGUGUGUGAACUACUGAUGGUGGGACGGUAAAACUACUACUAUUAUAUGUGUUGUUGCACGUCACCAAUCGGUGCAUUUUAGCCCCCACACCUUUUUUAUUUUUCACACUUUAUUUUACAACUCAAUUCACACACACACUCUCACCACAAAAAAUAUCCUCCCACCAAACAACCACCAUCAUUUGCUAACCUGCACCGCAGAUCUGCUACCAUACACCGGUCCACGGUAUGUCAACCACCGCCGGUCAAAAACCGACACGCAAGUUUCCUCCGCCCUGCUGGACACGCGACGAGGCACUUUCACUCAUCGAAGCUUACCGUGAAAGAUGGCACGCGCUCCACCGCGCGUUCCUCCGUACAACGGACUGGGAUGCGGUGGCGGAAAAGGUUAACGAUGCUUUUCCUGACGUCAUGCCGUUAAAAACCUCCGCUCAGUGCCGUCACAAGAUUGAGAAGCUCCGCCAGCGUCAUCGAGCUGAACAGCAACGCGCCGCCGCGUUCGCCGGUGAGAAGUUCUUUUCUAAUUGGUUUUAUUUUGAAGCUAUGGAAGCUUUGGAUAACGGAUAUGUGUCUGAACCCGGUGAUCAAAUGGUGGUUAAUUUGAAAACCCGGAAUAACAAUGGGUCAAACCCGGGUCGUGGGAUUCGGUUUAAACCCUCGGAAGCUCAAAAAUUAGCAAUUUUACCUGCUAAAAAUAAUAAGAAACAAAACCCUAAUUUUAUUUCUAAGGUUUCAAAUCGUAUUAAUAACGGGUCUUUAAUAAAAACCCCAAUUCAAGAAACCCCCAAAAUUCAGAACAUUCGACCCAGGGUUACGGCGAAACCCGGGGUGCAAGAACCGGUUUCCAACGAACCGGGUCGACCCGGACUUAGGCCAAGAAAAUUUAGUAAGGUACUUUGUGACGAUGAUGAUAAUGAAGAUGUUGAUGAUGGUGAAAUGUGGUUUAAAGUGCCAAGGAGGAAGAAUGUGGCAAGAGGGGAAUAUCGAAAUGAGAAGUAUUCGGUACCGAAUGGGAAGGAUGUGAAGAAGGGGAAGGGGAAGAAGAAGGGUGGAAUGUCGGAGGUGGUGGCGUCGAUUAGGUUAUUAGGAGACGGGUUUAUGAAAGCGGAAAUGAUGAAGAUUGAUAUGGCUAGGGAGAUUGAGAAAAUGAGAAUGGAGUCGGAGAUGAAACGUAGUCGGUUGUUACUAGAAUCGCAAAGACAGAUUGUGGACGCGUUUGUGAAAGGUGUGGUCGAGUCUAGGAAGCUGCCGGCACCCUUGGUGGAUUUGUAGGUGCCGGUUAACUUGUUAUAUCAUAAACGAAUGAACGAAAGCUAGUUUAAAAGAAUGUGUAUCUACUAUCUAGUAGUAAGUAGUAUAGAUUUAACAGAUGUAUAAAGUGAUGCAGGACAGUUUGUGACUUUUGUAUUCUGAUUUGUAGGUUGUUGUUAUAUCAUGAUCUAGUUUAUAAGAA